AUGGCAGAUGCAGAAGGGGGAAAUCAAAAGUCUGUCACAGAAUUCAUCCACCUGGGAUGCAGGAAUACCCUGGAGCUGCAGACCCCUCUUUUCCUGCUGUUUCUGGUGAUCUACAUUGUGUGCAUGGCCGGGAACCUUCUGAUUGUUGUGCUAGUUGUGACUCAUCAGCAGCUUCACACCCUCAUGAACUUUUUUCUGAGGAACUUGUCUUUGCUGGACACCUGUUACACCUCAGUCAUUGCCCUCAGGUUGCUGGCUGGACUCCUAGCAGAGGACAGGACAGUGUCCUUCAGGGACUGCAUCACACAGUUCUUCUUCAGGGCUUUGGCUUGCAUUGAGUGUUUCCUACUUGCAAUCAUGGCUUAUGACCAUUAUCUAGCCAUAUGCAACCUACUCAGCUAUAAUGUGAUGAUGAACCUUAGGGUCUGCCUUCAGCUGGUAUCUGCCUCCUGGAUAACUGGUUUCUCAGUCAGUGCAUUAGCAGUGGGGAUGGUUCCACAGCUAAGCUUCUGCAGCCCUCAUGAAAUUAAUAAUUUCUACUGUGACAUGGAGGAACUGCUCAAAUUGUCCUGCACAAAAAGCCCCUUGGCAGAAAUGAUCAUUCCGGUCUCCUGCUCCCUGGUAUCCCUGGGCCCUUUCCUCUUCAUCAUUCUGUCUUACAUUCUUAUCCUCUCAGCCAUCCUGCAAAUUGCUUCCUCUGCUGGGAGGCAGAAGGCCUUUUCCACCUGCGCCUCUCACCUGCUUGUGUUGAGUCUGUAUUACGUGACCAUUAUUAUCAUGUAUAUGUCGCCAUCGGAUGAGCAAUCCCCAACCUUCCAUAAAGCUCUGUCUCUCAUGUACAUGGUUGUUACCCCAGUGUUCAACCCCAUCAUCUACAGUCUGAGGAGCAAUGAGGUGAAGUGGGGCUUCACGAAAGUCAUGCUGCAGAACUUAGUCAUGAUUUAG